GCGCGGUCACCUGACUGGAUGACAUCACUUUAGGUGUCAAAACCAGCAGUUUGAAGAGGAGGGCAUGGUUGGCAGGAAGACAACGACGGAGAAACCGAACAAAGUCAACACCCGCGGACGUUUAUCCUUGCUUAUUUUAUUUUCUAACCUCCAAUUUGUAAGCCAUGACUUUAAGGACACGACGCUUUCUGCUGUUCCUCCUGUUGUGUUGCGUGAAGACGUGCGUGUCACAGAAAGAGGAUCGAGGCUUCACCGGUACAGAGACCAAUGACGGGGUCUGGGUCAACACCCAGGUCCAAAAAGUCCUGAGCAGCACCCUCACGACCGUCUUGCCGAUCAUCUACAUCAUCGUGUUUGUCAUUGGGCUGCCAACUAAUGCCAUGGCCGUCUGGGUGUUCCUGUUUAGGACCAAGAAGAAACAUCCAUCAUCGAUCUACAUGGCUAAUUUAGCUCUGGCUGACCUGUUUUUUGUCAUCUGGGUCCCUUUAAAAAUUGCAUACCACUUCAACGGCAACGACUGGAUCUAUGGCGAGGUGCUGUGCAAAGUGCUGGUGGCGUUCUUCUACAGCAACAUGUACUGCUCCAUCGCCUUCAUUGCCUGCAUCAGCGUCCAGCGGUACUGGGCCGUGGUCAGCCCGCUCUCCCAGCGGCAGAGGGACAACUGCACGGCUGUGGCCGUCUCCGUGACGAUCUGGGUGGUUGUCUGGCUUGUCACCAUCCCCCUCUACUUGUACGACCAGGAGGUCUACGCCACAAAUCUCAAAAUCCAUACCUGCCAUGACAUCACCAGACCCAGUCAGAAGAAAGUAGCAGCGGGCUACUUCCUGACGAUGGGUAUCGUAGGAUUUGUCGCCCCAACAGUCGUGUGCAUCAUCUCCUACGUCCUCAUGCUCAAAGCGCUCAGGAACAGCAUGGCGGACCCCAACAUCGCCAAGAGGCGUCGAAAAGCGGUGGUUUUAAUCGUCACCGUGCUGGUCAUGUUCUUAGUGUGCUUCACCCCUAGUAACAUCAUGCUGCUGGUGCACUACAUCCUCCUCUUGAAUGAAGCUCGGCACAACUUGUAUGGGUUUUACAUCACCUCCCUGUGCCUGGCCAGUCUCAACAGCUGCUUUGACCCUUUUAUUUACUACUACAUCUCUGAGGACUUCAGGCAGCACGUGAAGAACACAUUCCUGUGCAGGAGCGAGAGGACGGUGGAGAGGAUGAGGGUCUCCUUCAGCGCUCUGAAGUACUCCAAGAAGAGCAAGUCGUAUAGCUCGUCAGGGAAGACUGGGAGCACUGAUUGCUAGUGGAUUGUUUUGGUUUUACUGGGUAAAUCCAGUGGGGGUUUUUUUAAGACGUGGGCGCCAUUUUUUCCUCAACAUAUUUUGGGAUCAGAAACCGGUUUUGGAAUUGCUCCAGGACAUUGCCGUAGUCAGCAGCUGUAACGCCUGUAACGUGAUCCCUGCAGGUAGAAAAACCUGUUUAAAGUAUACUGAAUACAGAUACUGAAAUAGAUAAUCUUAGCCUCUUAGCGGCAAAAAAGAGCCCUUAUCUUGAUCAGCUUAUCUUUUAUCAGGUACGAUCCAUUGAGGCAAAUUCUUUUAUUGGUCAUUUAGACCCCGAAAUAUGGAAAUAAUAAAAGUAAAACUAUUUCCCAGCAUCCUUCUUUUAAGUUCUUCAUUCUGCUCCCUUCAGGUAUAAAAUGAAACGGGUUUAUUUUUCAAAUCUGCAGUGAGGACAUGGAGCAGAGUCAUCUGCAGCACAGACGUCCUACCAGCUGUCUAAGUUACUGUUAUUUCAAUGAUUGUAAAUAGUCUACAUUUUUUAUUUUUUUAAUGGCAUUGAUUAAUAAAACUUAUUUACUGCA